UGCCAAUGGAAAGUGUCUCGGCAUUUCUUCUUCUCCUCGUGGACAUUGCCGCUCUAGUCCUCGGUACACGCGGGAAUCUUACAGAGGAAGUAAGUACAUCAUGCCUUGCCCUUUGCCUUCUAGUUGUGGCAUCGGUGGGGGCCGCUUAUUACAUGUGGUUACAGACAUAUGUCACGAUGCUUGAUUUGGUUUUCUCUGCCAUACUCCUUGGCCUUAACAUAUUGGCGGCGUUGGCAGGGGUCUACGUGGUACAAGGCGUCGUGCGGGCGAAACGCGGUCCGCGGCAGAGAUUUGCACCACCACCACAGGGCCUGCCGAUUCCUCUGCGGAAUAACAUGAAGCGGCAGAAGGGGGACUAG